AAAGAUUCAGUUUGCUAAUGAAAUUUCUUCAUUUUGAGAAUUCAGAUGAAUUCAAUAAAAAUACGCAUCCAAAUGCAAAGUUAAGAAAAAUUUUUGAUAUCCAUAACAUGCUGGUUGAGAGAUUUAAAUCUGCUUAUACACCCAAUCAAUCUGUAACAAUAGACGAGUCUUUGCUUGCUUUCAAGGGUUUACUUGCAUGGAAGCAAUACAUUCCAACUAAAAGAGCUAGAUUCGGAAUUAAAUUUUUCCAACUCUGUGAAUCAGAAAGCGGUUACAUUUGGAAUUCUAUUAUCUAUACCGACAAUUUUUAUACUUCUCCGGAAGUGGCCGAAAUUCUUCUUCAAUAUAAAACUGAUUUGAUAGGAACUGUUAGAGGAAACAGAAAAGGGUUACCGGUGGAAUUUAAGAACACAAAAUUGAAAAAGCAUGAAUUGAGAGCAUUUCAAAAGGGAAAAAUUAUGGUACUACAGUGGAAAGACAAGAAGGUUCUAACAAUGCUAAGUACCAUUCAUAAUGCUGCAUUAGUUAGUGUUGAAUCAAAAAUAUCCACUACAACCAAACAAAAGCCUAAGGUGGUAGUCGAUUAUAAUAGAUCUAUGGGAGGAGUUGAUAAGUCGGAUCAGUGCUUAGCAUACUAUUCUUCACCCAGAAGCCGACAAAGGAAAUAUUACAAAAAAAUAUUUCGACAUCUACUUGACCAGGCUGUGUGGAAUGCUUUUCUGCUUUAUAAAAAAAAGGGAGGAAGUGUAAAUCAUCUGGAAUUUAGAAUGCGAUUGAUAGAGAGAUUAUGUGAGGAAGGAAGAGGAUUACCAUCGUCUAAAGUCCCAAAGAGUAUUGAAAAUGUGGGAAGAUUGACGGGCAGACAUUUUCCGUCUUUAGUUGCUCCAACAGAAAACAAAAAAUACUCUGCUAGGAGAUGUGUCGUGUGUUGCUCAAAAACAAAUGCAAAUGGUAAAAGAGUGAGAAGAGAAACACGUUUUGAAUGUGUAAUCUGCAAAGUGGGUUUAUGCGCUGCUCCAUGUUUUGAGAUAUAUCACACUCAAUCUGUUUUUUAA